UGUCAGAAGGGAUUCAAAUCAGCGUUGUCACGCUAUUUAACAAAUUAUUCAUAUCUACGUUCUUUGUCACCUUGCCAGCACAAAAUAUGGAACAUCAAGUAUAUCAAGAACCAGAUUUCUCUAACGCCGGUGCACCUUUGCGACGAGCUUCUUCAGGAGGUGUCGUUCUUCAGUGGAAACCUUUACCAGCAAUCGAAAACACACCAUAUGGUGAGAAAGUAUUCAACGUACAACGAGAUCGGUGCGAGGAAAGUAUAGGAGACACUGGCUUACAAAUCGAGAGAUGUUGUUUGCAGAUAGAAGGCGCGCAGUUCCUCGUGUGUUUGAAGAUGUUCUAUUAUCCAGUCACGAUAGAGCUCACUUUAGAGUAUGCGAUGGAAGGAAUCUGUUUCACAAAAUCAAAUGUGAUAUUGAAAUUGUUCCACCGUAAUGAUACCAUAUGUCCUUCAGAGAGUAGUUCCACUAAUUCAAAUAUAGCAACAGACCAGGAUGACAGUGGUAGUGGGAACUCAGGGCGUUCCACGUAUCAAGCGACAGACCCUCUUCCGCUCCACGGGGACACAAUGAUGUUCGAGAGUCCAGACGACCUAGACGCUGUCGUUUCAAUAUGUAAAUUAGACAACGGUACACGUGAAGAGGUACUCCGAUUUCUGCUAGACUGCAGCAUCGGUGUCGAUACGGUUCAAAGCGCGCAAGUGCAGGGAUGUACACUGAAACAAGUGGUUCAAAGUUCAACUCGUAUGCCGGAGCUUGCUAAGGUGCUCUGUAAGGCUUGGAGCUAAUUGUUUUACGUCAUUUACCAUGAUUAUACAUGCAUAAGUGAGAUCCUGGAGUCUCUACUUCUAAUUCGGUUUCUACGAAUUUCACCAAUAAAUUAGAAC